AAAUCUAGUUUGACUAGAUUUCAGUUUCUGCCUUCUGCUGCACAAGGCACUCCAGUAUUAAACUAAGCAUUUCUAUAUUGCAAUGUUAAACAAACUAUUUUAAAAGCUCACAAAUAUGAAUUCUCUUUCAGGGGGAGCAAGAAAGAGAGGUUCCCAUUGCACUCUCAGAAAUGCAGUGGAGCUUUCAGCAAAAAUGAUUCAAAUUCAUAACGUGCCUUACACUGUGUCUUUGCUGGAAAUGCACGAGGCAAGAGCAUCAAGUGGGGCUGCAGAGCCGUGGUAACUGGGCGAAAGGGAAAAUCUCACCGUGCCUGGUCCUUGAGACGAUGACAGACAGAAACAACGCUCCCCACCCCUGCCUCGGCCAGGGCUGCUCUGAGCCCGCAAACCACAGCAGACAGCCAGUGUCUUUUUUUUUUUUUUUUCCCUUCAAAAAGUUUUCAGGAAGUCUGGGGGAGGGGCGAUGCAGUUUCUUUUUUGUUAUAAUGGGCCCCUUUGUGGCGAUGGGAGAGCAGCGGCGAUCUCCGCGGCGGCGGGGCGCAGGCUGCGCGCUGCCUGCCCAGGAGCCCCGGCGGGGCCGUUGAGGCGCCUGGGCCGCUGAGGCGCGGGCCCCCCGCGGCGCGGGGCGGGCGGGCCGUGCCGCGGCAUGGAGCUCAUGGUGCUGCUCAAUGCCCUGGUCACCCGCCUGCUCUUCGUGCUGCACUCGCUCAUCGGCGUCUGGAGAGUGACCGCCGCCAAGAAGGAACCCAAGUACUGGCUGCUGGCACUGCUCAACCUUCUCCUGUGCCUGGAGACGGGGCUCACCCUCAAGUUUAAGCAAGGCAGAGGCUACAAAUGGUUUUCACCAGCAAUAUUUUUAUAUCUGAUUUGCAUAGUACCAUCACUAUGGCUACUAGAAAUUCAUCAUGGGACUCAGUACUGUGGCAAUGAGCCUGGGGCAGUUCAGGUGAAUGUCAGCAAUCAAGACUUCAAUCAAUCCAGAGAGAGCAGUCAUGGGAGCGAGGGAACAGAUCACCACAUCAUUCAGACGGCUAAAGUCUUUGUCAAUCAGCUCUCCACAAUCUGCGAGACUGUAUGGACACUGGCCCUCCACCAGACUUUUCUACUGCUACUGGUGGUUGGGAGAUGGCUUCUCCCCAUUGGAGUUGAAAUCACCCGGGAUCAGUUGUCUCAGCUGCUUCUCAUGUUUGUGGGAACAGCAGCAGAUAUACUUGAAUUUGCUAGUGAGACCUUGGACAUUGAGGAUGUUCGGAAGAAUUACGCUCUCAUAAAUGCAAUUCUUGCUGUAUGGACCUGGAGUAUGUUACAGUUUCCACUUGAUCUUGCAGUACAGCACAUUGGCUGCAAACCGAGCGCAUCGGGCAGGCGGAUGCCCAGCCUGCUGCUGUGCAGGUACAGCGCGGAGCUCUGGAACAUUGGGGUCAGCCUUUUCAUACAGGACGGCCCCUUCUUCAUUGUGCGUUCAAUUCUGAUGGGCCACUUCGGAAUAUUCAAUCAGAUGCUGGUGUUUUUUACAGCUAAGAAUAUCUUAGUUGUAACCCUACAGUUGUAUCGGCUGGCAGUGAUAACCUUGGACUUCCGUGCUACCGUUCUGCAGAAGAGCAGGAAAGGAGAAGUCUGUUGCUGUCCUUGUGAGCCUUAUGAAGCUCAUGCUCAUGCUGCUGGUCACCAGGAGAAUGAAAUGAAAGAGUUUGUUGCUGUUCCUCAUAAAGAGGAACCCCAAGCUCCAUCAGAAAAUCACUGAGCAGUUACUGACUUGGAAGAGGUUGCAUUUCCCACAGCUUCUUCAGAAGAGCUUUGCUGAUCUCUAUGACCAAAUACAUCUUGAGUGCCUAAGUCAUCUUUUCCAUCAAGAGAACAUUAAUUUCUUCUAAAUUGUAGGGGAACUUUCUCAAGCAAAUUCAUAGAAAUGGGACUUUUUAAAAAUCCAUUUACAUGGUGGGUUGUGACUAGUUCCAUAUUAUAUUAUUCACAGUGAUUUUGUAGCCAUAGUUUGUAGUAUCAGGAAAGGUUGGGAGCACUAACAGGAUUGGGUAUUGCCAUUGGUGGCACUGUGCUGGCCUAUGUACGAGCAUGUAUUCAAGCAGAAGGACAAGCCUGUCCUUCAUAGGAAGCACAAAAGCAUUGAGCUCUACUGGGAUGGUAGAGCUACAACUGCUGUGUGAUGACCAAUGUGUUCACCAUGUACAGGAGGAACUUCAGCAGCAACAAGUGUGCAGGUGUGUUAGUGCUGUUACUGUGACAUGAGAACAUUGCUCAUUCCAGAAACUUAAGGAAGCCUUCUUCAGAUGUUACCUCAUCUUUGGCUGGAUUCAGUGAAGAACUAUGCAACACCAUGAAACUACAUACAAAAGACUCUCAUGAUUUGCCUGGUCUGAAUAACCUAAACCUUAACAAAAAGGAAAAAGCAGUCCCCUGUACAAGAAGACAACUGCAUUUGCUACAGGCAUUUUCUACGGAGUUGCUUGCCUUUCUAUUUCUACCAGUUAGAACAAAGACGCACAGAAUACACAUGGACUAAAUCUCACCAAAAUAUUUGUAAAUACAUUUUUUCCUCUUGAUUUUACAGGUCUGUUUGUACCAUUGAGGACAGUUUUUUAAAUGUCUCAAUUUUGUAUGAUUUUUAGAAGUGGCCUGACCUAGACAUAGAACUUCUCUAGAAAGAAGAUGGCAUUGCUGCUCAAGGCAAUCUAAGCCAGAGGACUCAGGCAUGCAUUUCAUGUUUUGUAAAGGUCCAUGACCACAAGGUCCCAUGAAAUAACCUGAGAGAUUUCCUAGUCUAGUGAGUGUCAAGAUCCAUUUUUAAGAAAUGGCUAAUAAUCAAUAUUUUACUGCUUUCACAUUUGGAGUGAACAACACAGGCCCAAAUUUCUCCCAAGAGCACACUUGAGAUCAGUGUAAGAUCAUUGACUUUGCUGGACUUAGAUUAGAGAAGCUGACGGUAAGAUGAAUGAUUUUUGAAAGUCUGCCUAAAAAUUAUAUUCUCACAGAAAAUGGCAGGUGCUUUUACAGAUUUUUGCAUCCAUUCUGAAAGAGAACAGAAAAGCAUAUAGAGUGACCUAAAUAAGAUAAUUUCCUAUAUUAAAACCACAAAAUUAAACCUUAUUUUCUAAAGCCUCAGCGAUCUGAAAACCAGAAUCUGGUUUCAGGAAUGAAUGAAAGUGUUUCUACCAUCAUUGCAGCAGUCAUAUACUUAUUUAUCCACAGCCUGAUAAGCAAUGACACAUUUAUUCUUUGAAAGAUGAACCUGUUUAAAAGUCCAAACACCAAAUAUGUAAACGUGUUUAUAUUUGUGAGUUCUUACUGUUCUAUGCAAGAUAAGACCUUUUUAUUACGAAAGAAGAAAAUGCACAGCCAUAAGGAAUUAUCAUACGCUUCAUGUCUGCCGUUUAUACAGUAGUAAUAAUGUGCAACACCUUCUCUCCUUAUUUUCAGCCUUUUUCCAGCGGCAGUUUCAAAAAGCCAGUCACUGCUUGCCAUGGUGUUGUGAGGUAGUCAUAUGGAGAAUGGAAUGCAACUUCAUUUAGGAUUUUAAUUCAAGUCUAGAGGCAAGAAAGUGACAGUUCUGAUGAUGAGCUAGGCUGUCUAAAACCUUUCACAGUGGGAUGAAUUUAAAUCACUGGUAGAACCAGUACACAGCUCUUCCUUGUGGAUGCAAGCCGGAACUACUUGUAUUCAUUUUGAGUUUACCACUUGCUGAUAUAGUAAUUAUCCUGUUUAAAGGAUCACUAGUAAUUAAUUUGGAGUGUACUGAGCGUGAUAGAACAUCAUUCUAAAUUCAUCAGCACAAAAAUGGCAAGGAUGUACUUUUUAAACUCUAUUUAAAGUCUUCAUUCAGCGACAAGCUGCCUACUAGACUCAGCCUGCAGUAAAUGCAAGAUCCCCUGGGGUCAGCAGUUCAGAGACUGGUUACAGCAGGAAUAUUUCACAGCAAAUUCUAUUUCCUGGUCUUCAGGCAGUUCAAUUUUAAACAGCAGUAAAGCUUCUAAUCACAUUUAUGGCGAUAUGAACUCACUCCAAUGUUAGGUGGUUACUAUGAGAUCCCAUCCUCAUUCACUCACAGACAAAACAGGCUGGAUCCUCUUCAUGUUUACAAUGGAGUAGAUUUGGACUUCCCUUUUCCUCCCUGCUGUUGCAGUGAUGGCAAUCAGAUUGCUUAAAACCAAAAGAAAAUCCAGACUAACAAAGCAAUAGUAUGAAUUCCUACUUGGGUGGAGAAGGGAAUCACAUAUACCAGGUUGCAGCAGGAGUGACAUGCAGCUCUCUCUACUUCACCGAGAAGCCUGGAAAUGGCAAUUAAGAAGUCUGGUAAUUUGUACGUUUUGGGCAGAGCAGCAAGCCCCAGCUGCAAGCCUCCUCAGUCUCCUGUUGGAAGUGUCUGGAGCAGGACUGCAGCUUUGUGUUUUGCAGCAGGCUGUUGGAGGCAGCUGGAGCAGCAGCUGGCUGUGGGGAGCCCUGGUGCCAUCACAGCCUCCCAGAGCUCUGCACUAGGCAAGGGGUAGAAGGGACUUGCCUGAAGGUCUUCCAGCAUCUGUGGUGUACCCAAAGAUUUCAUGCUUGCUCUGCAGAGAAAGCUGCAGUAAACCUUCAGAUGGGGAAAAUUCAAGCCUCCAAAAUGGAAGAAUUUCAGAACAUUUACCUUAACCAUUAUUUACUCAAGUCAGGAGAACACAUUACUAAAUCUAUUCUGCAAAUAGAUAUCUGACCAUUUACUGUUAUUUAUUCUGGUGGUUCCUGCCUUGUCGUUCUAAAUUAUUCCAUAUUAAACCUCACUAAAAUGUUUUACCACUUGUGUUUUUCUGAGCUAAAAUGUAUUCCUCCUUUCUUUUUGACAUUGGCUCAAAUAAGAUCAUAGCCCUAAGCAGGAAAAACAACAAACAACAGUGAUGAUUUUAUUGCAUUCCUGUUGGUAUUUGUACUGUACUAUGUUCUCUGUGACCAUGUGGAAAUGGAAGAAAAUGUGCAAUUACUUUUAAAAAAUUCCAACAGCAUUUUGCAAAUAAAAGGCAGUUACCUCAUGCAUAGCUGCCAAUUUGUUAUGUGAGAGCUGACUGUUAUAUGUUCCUAUUAAUUAUAUCUUCCACAUGCUGCUUUUCCUUUCCACACUUUGUAAGUUAAUUACUUAGGCCAGAUUCUGACUGCUGCCAUGGCUUUGAAAACCCACAAGCAACUGCAGCUCAUUUCACUCAAUUCUGGAUAGGUUCUCUAUUCAGAGCCUGUGCCUCCAAGUAUGCAAGUCACAGUGCAACCCCCGAGAGGUUGUGUUUGAUCUGCACACAGGAGGCAUUUUAAAUACACACACAAAUACAUAUACAUGCAUGCAUUUAGAUACCCUCACAAACACCUGGCAAUGCCCAAUAUACAGCUUUUAUUUCUGCAACACUCUGGGAGACUGCCAGUAAGAACCCUCUGCAGAUGCCUCCAAAACACUGACAGAAAAUACUUAGGCAUUACAAGUAUCUUGAAACUGAAAUACUAAGCAUGCUAUACUCUGAACAAUAUACUGAUUAAAAAAAAAAAAAAAAAAAUUAAGUUCCCUGGAAUAUAUUCUUUCCAUGAGGAUUUCCUCAGUUGAAGAAAAUGUACCAAAUUGUUAGUUUCCCAUCAAAAAUAAAUUUUUUUAGGUGAGCAUUAGAACAUAACACCAGCACAAGGUGUUUGAAACUGCACAAGGCUGUUUCUCCGAUGCUGUGUAAAUAAAAAUAGGCAAGCUUUGAAAUCAGCAGGUUGGAGAGUUCCUGGCCCCUGUCUUUGGAUUCAGUUUUCCACUUCUUUCACACUAUUAUUGAGGAAGGAAGUCUCUCCAUCCUUACGAGAAGAAAGAAAACAGAUCAUUCCUAGUCUGUAGUGAUGAGGCAACAAAAAUGGGUCACAGUGGUGAAAGUGCCAGAGAUGUGUACCCAAGACUGGUCACUGCACCAGCAGGGAGAUACAGCAGUGCAGACACCUAAUGGAACAGAUACUCAUGACUGUGAUAACCAUCCAUGAGCUGUCUUCUGAAAACCCUUCCUGGCCCUUCAGAGCCAGCACAGGAAGGGUUCUCAACAGCCAGCUCCACUCCAAUAUCUGCAGCAAGGUGCUAAGACAGGAAUUCCAGUGAUCCCAAGUCUAUCUUGAAGGUAUCACUGAAAUCCUCUGUGCAAAUUUUUCCUGAUUUGGUCUCCUUUGGGUUGUCUUUCCCCUUCAGAGUGUGCAAAAGGCAUGGGAGUGAAAGCAAUGUAACUGUAAAAAUCCUUUCAUUUAUCAACCUAAACCCUUACCUCGCCCUGUACAAACUCCUCUUUGCUUAUCCACGUCUGCCUGCUUUCUGGGCCCACCUCCCAGAUCUCAGCACAGAGACAAAACAUGCUAAACACUGCACCUCUCACUGCUGCCUCUGAAAGUCUUUACAAAAGUACGCAAGAAUUCAGGCCAAAGAUAAAAAAGAGCCAAGCCUAUUUCUUCCUGUUUUAAGAUGAAAGCUAUCUACAGCUGCCAAAGCAUUUCCUCCAUUUGUUUUUAGCCUACUGCAGGGAGAAGAAUCUUUUCCUGAGUAGUGUCUCUGUGAAGGACUAACUUAUUGAAAGACCAGCAUCAUUUCCUGUAGCCCUAUGGAUUAUUAUCUCUUUCAAACUGUAAGGUCACACAAAGUUUGGAAUUAGACUGUUGGGCUGUAGCUAAAGAUAAGGCAGUUGAAAGGUGGUACAAUAUAAAGGUGAUGCCCUAACUCAUCAUUUUUAAUUUUGCGAGAUGGGAAAGGCCUCCAAGCCAAGUAAAACAGGUCUGCAUGAGUAGCAUCUGUAAUAGCAGCUUGGAAGAGCUGAACUAAAAGUUGCUCUAAAAUCUUCAAUCUCCUAUACAUCUAACUAAUAUUAUCCUAAAAUAAUCAAACAGAACGAGUAUAAUCACAAGUAAUACCUGGGCCUCACAGAAGACUCCAGAAGAAAAUUAGAAUAGAUUUACAGUGUAAAAAACUGGUUGAGCGUUGCUGUUCUUUCAUUUUAUAUUAUUCUGAAUAAACUGAUACUUCACAUUUGAAGAA